CUACUCUUUACUUCAUACAAAACCAGUAAAUAACCACUUUUUGAGCACAAUUGCAUGUUGCGUGACUAUACUCAACCUCCCCAACCUUCCUCCAACCCGCACCAGCCAAAGCUCAGAACCCACCGCUGCUGCGUCCGGAACCCGAGAUCAUACGAGGCCGAAGAUAUGGCCUGGGUGGCGUGGAUUAGGGUUCAGAUUGCGGCUCGGAUACGGAUUGCGCGCAGGUCAAAAUACUUGUUUCUCUGCUCUUUUCCUCUCGUCGUCCUUCUCUGUGAAUAACCGCAAAUAUAACAUUUAUAAUACCUCGUUGAAGCUGCAAUGUCAUUCUCUUUCUGGGCUGUCGCGACAUUGGUCUUCGGCGUCGUCGCCGUCGUCGUCAACGCGCUCAAGCAGGUGCUCUUCAAGGACCCCAACCGCCCUCCUGUCGUCUUUCACUGGAUUCCCGUCUUUGGCUCCGCCGCCUCCUACGGCAUGGACCCCUACAAGUUCUUCGAGGACAAUCGCAAGAAGUUCGGCGACGUCUUCACCUUCGUCAUGCUCGGCCGCCACAUCACCGUCGCGCUCGGUCCCCGUGGAAACGACUUUGUCCUGAACGCGAAGCACUCUGAUGUCUCGGCUGAGGAGGCCUACGCGCACCUCACCACCCCCGUCUUUGGAAAGGGCGUCAUCUACGACUGUCCUAACGCGCGUCUGAUGGAGCAGAAGAAGUUUGCAAAGUCCGCGCUCACCACCGGCGCGUUCCGUUCCUACGUGCCUCUUAUCGUCAACGAGGUCCGCCAGUACUGGCUCAAGUCGCCCCAGUUCUUUGGCGGCGACAGCAACCGUGCUUCAAACAAGACCCACCUCAUGACUGCCAUGCCCGAGAUGACUAUCUUCACUGCCUCCCGCACUCUGCAGGGCCGUGAGGUGCGCGCAAAGUUCGACGAGUCCUUCGCUGACCUCUACCACGACCUCGACCGUGGCUUCACCCCCAUUCACUUUGUCUUUCCCAACAUUCCUAUCCCCGCCACUUUCAACCGCGACAAGGCCCAGCGCAAGAUCUCAGAUACUUAUAUGGAGGUCAUUCGCGAGCGUCGUCGCACCGGUGACCUUUCCGAGCAGGACGUUCUCAACACGUUCCUGCGCGACGCAGUCUACAAGGACGGCGUUCGUAUGAGCGACCGCGAGAUUGCAAACAUGAUGAUUGGUAUUCUUAUGGGUGGCCAGCAUACCUCGGCUGCUACUUCUACCUGGGCGUUGAUGCACCUUGGUGCCGACAAGGCUCUUCGCGACGCGCUUUACCAGGAGCAGGUCGAGGUCUGCGGUCCCGAGCUCCGCGAGCUUACGUACGAUGACCUCCAGAACAUGCCUUUGCUCAACAACACUAUCCGCGAGACUCUCCGCAUGCACCCCCCUCUCCACUCUCUCAUGAGAUUUGUUCGUCACGACCUGACUAUCGAAGGCACCCGCUACGUUGUCCCGCGCGGACACUACGUCCUCGCUGCUCCCGGUGUUCCUAUGAUUGACUCGCAGUACUUCAAGGAGCCGCUCAAGUUCCAGCCCGAGCGUUGGCUCGAGCAGAAGAACAUCAUUGAUCUUGCUGCGCAGGAUCAGGAUUACACGGUUGUCUCGAAGGGCGCAAAGUCGCCUUACCUGCCUUUCGGAGCCGGAAGACAUCGCUGCAUUGGCGAGCAGUUUGCUUAUGUUCAGUUGGGAACUAUCUUGGCUAUGUUUGUCCGCGAGUUUGAGUGGUCAUUGCCUAACGGACGCGCUGUUCCCACGCCUGAUUAUUCGAGCAUGGUGACACUUCCUGCCGAGCCCUCGGACAUUGUAUGGACCAGAAGACGAGUCGGCGAGAAGAAGUACUAAGUGAAAUAUUUAGAGUGUAUCUAUAGAUCAAGUAAAACGAUGACUACAAAACUGAGAACAAGCGACGGCGUUUUCUUCUAUAUCUAAUUUUGAUUGUAUUUUUAACAGAGUCGAAUGUAUUUGCGUUGUUGAGUAGCUUAACAUUCACACUAAACCCUUAAAGUUGUAAGCGAACGUCGUCGAGUUUUCUCUCGUGGUUCAACAGCCCU